UUCUGUCAUCUGUCAAAAUUUCCCGCAAUAUCCAUGUAUACGAAAGUGAUUGUUUAUUGAUAAAAAACUUUUGAUAAAAAAUAAAAAAGGAACCAAUAAAAAAUGGCUCAAGGAGAUCCUCGUAAAUGGCAUAUGCCUGGAUGGAGAAUAGAACAAAAAUACUCACCGGGUGUACUUAUUGGCAAUUGGGAUGAAGAUAGAUAUGGGUUUCAAAGAGGAAAUCAGAAACAUAACAGUACACACAGAGUUGAUUUCCGUAAUUACGAAGGACACAGGCCUGAUGUUGUUGUACGCAGGAAGGCCCUUUUAAGAAAUGAUGGUCUAGGAACGGAAAAUUUAUUCUGGCAUCAUGGUAAAAGAUACACAAAUAACAUGCUGUCCUGGUACGAUGAACACUAUAAUGGUAGAUGGAAGGAGAAUGAUUUCCCACCUAGCCGUCAGUGGAAUAGCCAUCAACUAGCGUGGGGUCCAGAGAGAUCAGAUUAUCCAUUACAAGUUUCAAGAGAAAGCAAAAGAGGAGGAGCCAAUCCAACAAAUUUUGGGCUGUUACAGAGCCUACAAGAGAAAUGGAAGUCACAAAUAGCUGACGAGACAAGAGGUGAUUUCCAGUCCACGUACAGUUCCUCAUUCGUUGGUCACAAUAAUAAUGCUAUGACGAAAGUUAGAUUUGCCGUACCCAGAGAGCAGUCGACCAAUCUCCAUCCUAUAAACAAAGUAAACAAGGAUCUCCACUUCAGAGGAGUAUCAGCUUUAAAAUCUCCGGAAAAACUACCAGAAAUGCCAUUGAGGGCAAUGACCUCUGUUGGUGUUUAGAACAUUUUGAUAAAUAAUUAUUUUUUUGUAAUUUUUUUUUUUCAGUCAGUAUUUUUUUUUCCAGUCAUUCUUUUUUUUUUUCAAAAUAUUUUUUCAGGUAUUAAAAGUUGUUUAUUUUCAAUUGUAAAAUUAUUGUAUGAACUGUUUUGAAUGGAGCACAGAUUCAUUGUGACUGUUGUUAAUGAAGCUAUUUUUAGAAAUUGCUGUUUAUUGCAUCUGAAUGUUAGUGUAGCAAGUUUUAAAAACACACCUUAAGGAUUUAAUGUAAGUUAAAUCCUAGAAAGAAAUACAAAUUUAUGCAGAAUUGAUGUUAUUGUUACUGAAAAGAAAUAUUGCUCAAGAUAAAUUCAGUUUUAGGUAAGGGGUAUCAUACAUGUAACAGUAUUUUUAUGACCAUCAAUUGUUUUUGUGAGAAUUAUAAGCUUUAAUUUCUUGAUCUGCCGAGUUUAAUGGAAUUGCCCUGUUUGGAAUUUGGAACAAUUUGUGUAGUCCAUUUAAGAUCUGGCUCAAUACAGAGCUGGCAAAGACUGUAAUCACUUUCGUUAAGCGGGUUAAAUGUUAAAGUUCUCUACCUAGAAUUAUUUGUUGACAAUUUCAUACUUUUAAUUUACAAACAUAAAUUCAUGUGAGGAGGCUAUCCAGCUGGCUUAUGGAAUGUCAGUGGAUUUCAGGUGCCUAUUUCUGCCUGAAAUAAGGCAUGGAGAGACACCUGAGGUCUUCCUACACCAGUAAAGCUGGAACGUCAGCAUAACUAUGAUCUAUACUGUGUUGGUGAAAGGUAAAACCCAACCAAAUAUAUAUACAUGUAUAUAUAUACAUACUUUAGUUUUCUGUUAAUUUUUUCAUAUCUGUUUUAAAUUUCUUCACUGCAACUUACUUACUCUUAUUCCAAUAAAGUGUCCCCUCCCAGAUGAUUUUUUUUCCCACAAAAAGUAAAUUUUCCAGAUUCAUAUAUAGCUAAAGCAUACACAUGUGUCUUAAGAAUUCAAUCAAAGACACUUUUCUAGUUCUGUCUAUAUUUUACAUAAUAUACUGUGAGAAUUUGGCAGGAUAGUCUAGUAUCUACAUAUUUGUCUUACAAUGUUAUAUAUCAUGUUUGUUAUUCUUCAAUUUGCAUACAAUUUAUUUUUCUUAUUAUCAACAAUAUAUACAAUAUUAUUAUUGUGUAUACAAUAUUAUUAUUGUGGCAGUAUAGUAUAUAUAAUCUGUUUUAUGCAUAGUACAUAAGUUUAGAGCCAAAAUUAGCCCAUUCUCUAGAAGAAUUUUUAUUUGAAAUUUGUUGUCUCAAGGGAAGUCACUCUUUCUUGCUAUAAAAGGGGAGCCACUCUGUGUGGCCAAUAAAGGGAAGCCACUCUACUUUAGUCCUAAUUAAGGGGAAGAUAAUCUUUACUGCAUACAAAUUGAUUUUUGAUAUGUCAUGUCAUGGGGGGUGAGAUCUAUCUUUCAUUAAUGACAAACCCCUUGCCAGGACAUACAUAUGACUGCGUGUCAAAAAAUCGCAAGAAUGUUAAAGAGUUGUUGGCGGGACCUAAGUGAAAAAAAAAUUUUAGUAAAGAGAUGCUUUAUGCUUUUAAAUAUUAUUAACGCACUCAGUAUUGAAUGCUAAUGCACUUUUUUCAGUAUUAAUCGUUCUUUUUCUGUGAUAAAUCAUAAGCUGCUGCUUUGUGUAUGUUUUUAUACAGUAUUUACCCUUAUUUUGCAUAGUAUAUUUACAGUAUUGUCUGUUUGUUGUUUGUUGGGACUAAGUUGUUUUAUUUUUAUUUUAUUUUUGUAUGAAAUGAUUUUAUAAGAGAGCAUUGUUAUGUUUUGUAAUUAUAGUAAAAAACAUUUUAUCUGAAAUUAACGGUAGAUUUAGAGGGUAAGCAUGUGUGGGAAUGAUUAUAAACCAAAGUAUGUGUAUCAAAAGUUGCUACCUUUUUUGACAUGGGUGAAUAUUUUGGCAUUGUUGAUUUAAAAGAGCUCCCCUGAGGUCAAAAAACCUAAAAAACCUAAGCCUGAGUUGAGUGAAUGCGUUCCAACGCUUUUUUCUGGUCAUUUUAGACAAUAAAAUUGAUAUGUCUGGAAACACGAGGAGAAUGAAUGAUCUGAAAAUUUCCACACUGAAUUAGGACAUUAGUCCAGACUUACAUUGAACGGAACACAAAUAUCUGAAAAAUAUUUUUAGUCCCGUCAUGCAAAAAAAACGUCAGUGGAGUCCCUUUAAAUGUUUAAAAUAUAUUUAUCCAUAAAAAUAUAGCCUAUAAAGUAUAAUUUAUUCCUUAGGUGAAGUUAAUUUCAAACUUUUCUAGAUUAACAGUUUUUUUAUUUUAUUUAUUAUUAUUAUUUUUUUUUUUGGCUAUAUUUUUUAUAUAAAUUUUGCCAAAGUUUUACAUGUACAUACAUGUAUUAAUGUAUUGUUUAAAAAGGAACGUUUUAAAAAGUAUUUCAAGCAACUUAAUGUAAUGUUAUAGGUAAGAAACUAAAUAAGAUAGAUAUAAUACAUUGUUUUAGUUAUUUUUAUAAAUUUUAUAAAUGUUGGUAUUUGCUCAUUGUUAAUAAUCUUUCAUCAGUAUUAUGCUUCAAAUAUAUAUAUCUAAAAAUAUGGAAAUAUACAUAAUGCUUACUACACAAAACAGUAUUCUUGAUUAACUAAAGGGUAAUAUUUGUUGUUUUUAGAGUUGUUUUACCUAAAGCCCAGUUUUUAGAGGUAUUCUACCAAACAUAUAUGGUUUAAGGAAUGUUUAACCAAAAACGAUGGGUUGCAUGCAUAGUUUAUUUAAUUUUUAGCUUUAUGACAUCAUGAAUUAUGUUUAUAUUGUUAUUUUUCUGUGACUUAUCUUUCCUAAAAUAAAGUUUGGGUAAUUCAUUCUAGAUCAACAAAUAUUGUGCUCAAUAAUAAAUAAAAUAUUUGUUGAAUGGCAAAACUGUUUUAAGUUCCGGAAGAAUUAGGCAAACAGUAAAGGACUAAUUUAAAAUGAAAAAUCAAACAGUGUUUUUUAAAAAUAUAUAUAUUUUUUUACAGCAACAAAAUCUUUAUAAACAUAUGCUCAUGAUGUCAUAAUUUUUGUAUUCAUGCAUAAUCGUUAUUAAGAGUGUAUGAUUGAAAAAAAGUGUUAAUCGAGUGAGCAACACUUAAAUUUAUAUACAUGUAUUUAUAACGUUCUUUCACAAUAAAUUCUGACAUGAACA